CAUUAGUCCUCUGAAGCCUCCCCACACCAUUCACCCCCCAAAUAGGAUUCAAAGAAAAUAUUUGGGGCAAAUCGGCGCCUUUCGUUGAGGGUUGUGUGAAGGAUGGUGGAGAGCCCUCCUCUCCUCCCCGUUUCGCACGUAGUCUGGAUUUCACUUUUCACACCCCCUCCUCCCCCUCCCGGAUCCACCCUGGAGGCUACCCAUCCAUCCCAGCCCUCUAUGCCGGAGCGAGGAUACACCAGCAGUCCUGCAUUGUGCGCGUAGCCCCCCAGCAACGACUCCCCUACAGCAUCUGGAGACUCCGCGGGCUGUGAAGGACACUUCUGCGCCUGAACCCACGAUGCUCAGAAGAGGAGCGAUCCAAACGCAAUAAGAGGUGUAUCUACGGGAAGCACAGACUCUACUGGACGAACGAAACAAGUUUGGCUUUUAAGGAUGGCUGUGAACACGAUUCCAGCUGCACCCGCCUGGUCUGACGAGGAACAACCUUCCUUCCUGGAUCAGGACAACUCUCAAGCCCCCGUCACGGUCCAGAGCCUCCCUGACACGGGCGAAGAACUCCUUCACAGCAGCACAGCAGCAAACACAAGACCUGCGCGCAGCAAAUCCAAAGGAGAGCUAGUCAUUGUCAUCAACGAGAAACUAAAGAACGGUAACGGGAUCCAUUCCACACCUGCAGACAGCACCUCUCCAGUCAUCUCCUCCCCUCCCAGAAGACAGCACUCCAUCUCCUACCCCCAUCAUCCCGGCAAAUCUAGGAAGGGCAGCAGGGCGGGCUCCAUCGGCUACACGUCCUUCUCGCCCAGGCCCUCAAUUUCUCGGCAUUCCAGCAUUGCGACAAACCCCCCACUGGAUCGGUCAAAGGUCAAAGACUACCUCCUCCUGUCCGUGCUGGCCUGCUUCUGCCCCGUCUGGCCGAUCAACAUCGUCGGAUUCGUCUACUCCAUCAUGUCCAAGAACAGCCUUGAGCAGGGAAACCUGGACGGCGCCGUGCGUCUCGGACGUGUCGCCAAGAUGCUCUCCUUGGUGUCAUUAGUAGGAGGGACGGUCAUUAUCAUCGCCUGCAUUGUCAACCUGGCGAUAAAUGUGAAAACCUGAGUUUCAUCCCAGGAUGAAACGGGAUAAGGAAACUGACCGUCUGGCCUGCACCUGCACCCACCGUCUUUACCGCCUAGUCAUUACCUGGAUGUGUGACAAAUGUGCACCCAACAUACAGUGCUUACUUAUCUUUCUGUAUUCUAUACACGGCCCCCUUUUUUUUCUGCUAAUGGACACAGUAAAAUAUGCAAAUGCUCCUGCUCUCAGUCUGCGUUGAGAGGGUAGGACUCCCUUUCUGUUCUGGCUAAGGCAUCCAAAAUGGUUUCUAGGAACAACACCCUUCAAUAAUCCGAAUAUUACCUGCAGGAGCUCUCUGGACCUGAUCAUAACAGAGAGAGCUGGUUUUUAAGGCUCCCAGCAUCCAUUAGCUCCACACACAAAAUGUCUGCCAAGCCCUCCUUUUUUCUCCUCCACCAACUGGACUCAUCCGUUUGGCAGUAAAUCCCCCUCCCAAGACGCUCGGCAAUGCUGUGGGAUUUGUGUUGCCUUGGAAUCAAACGGCAGAAAUUUAACACUCACAGAGAGGAGACGCCCCCGAAACCGCACUUUGUCCUUCUGCUUCAAACUGUCCUCUGUGACUUUCACAUCUCCACGAUGCCCCACAUCCUGAGCCUGAGAGCGAGCAUACGGGCGGCGAGAGUGGAUGAAAGAGAGGCUUACCGAGGACUAGCUGCUGGCGUUAAAAACGGAAAAAGGAUUAUGAAAAGUCUAACACAGUCGGGCACAGUCAUCCCAGCAAAGAAGAAAUAAAAAAAUGUGCCAAAUCAAAGAAUUUACAGGAAAACUACAUCCUCUCUAGACCAGACUCGAACACAUUUUUACUCUGCUGCAGCUUUUCUGAACACGCUCCAACCACUGUGAACUACAAACACACCUGACUCCAACUAAGCUUUUUCGAUAACGUUUGUAAUGGAUUAUUAUAUUCCCUAUUCUGUAAUGACAGCAGAUUUGAGCGUGUGGGAGGUCUCCAAUAUUUGGUUAAAAAAUUCAGUAGCUUGUGACUGCCUCCAGACGUGGAGGUGCAUCUUCAGUUUCUGUGCACAGCCAGGGACUCUGAUCUGUUCUUUACGCUGGAAGCCUGUUUUGUUGUGUUCACAACAGGAUUUGUACAAAACACCAGACAUGUGAUAUUUUAGUAGCAUCAUGGUAGCAAUAGUUUGGAGGAUUUUUUAUUUAUUAUUCUACUCUUUUCUGUCUUUAAUGCCUAAUCUUUACCUACCUGUGGUUCUUCUCACUGUGAUCUGAAACAACCGGUGAAGCUCUCCUAACGUACUGUGUCCUCAGCUUUCAAUCAUGUACAGACUUGUUACUUACUGUGACAAACAAUAUUCUUCUUUCUUAUCAGGUUAAACGUAAACGUAACCAACACUUGUAUGUAUUAUGCAAAUAUAAAUAUAUGGUGAUGAUUCUGUAUCUAAUGUAGGCUUCAGAAACUGUUCUGACAGACUUUAUACUCCCAUGCUUCUCUAAUAUUUUGUGUUUAUUAAUGAGCAUGUUGUGGGAUUUUUUUCAUCCAUGGUUAAUGAUAGUAAACGAUGAAGGUUGUACCUCUGCAGCACAUUCAUAAUAAAGACAAAAUGCAUGUGA